AGACAGGCUGCAGUCCGAUUGCAUUCAUCUAUAAAUUGACUGUCUAGACGGCGACCUGUCUUGCCCGACUCCUAUAUUCUACCAGCACUCGAUACUUAGCUGAAAACGCUCUUUAAUUUUCUUCUACCGCGGCCAGGACUAUAAUGAGUCAUCGCUCGGUGACGGCCCACCCGAACGGCCUGGACGGGCUCGACGACCAUGUCAUCAAACCCACCAACAUCGAUUCUGCGACGUACUACGGAGACAAUGAAUUUCACACUGGUACCCGUGCUCGGACGUUCAGUCAUUCUCAAGUGGAUGCACACCAGCCCAAGCGUCCCCCUGCGUUCCAGGAAGACUGGCAUAUGCGCCGGCGGAGGAUGUCGCACGAUGAGAAGCCGACAGCACCCCGCAAGUUCUUGAUCGACGUUGAGGAGACUAUCCGGGUCAUUCUGGAGCAGGAAGACACAGACGGUGACUUCCAAAUCAGCAUCACCGAUGCUGGACCCAAGCUGAUGGCUCUGGGGACUGCGACGAGUAAUGGGUACAAGAGCUUUGAUAUCCGAGGCACGUACAUGCUCUCCAACUUGCUGCAGGAGCUCGCACUGGCACGGGACCACAACCGGAAGCGCAUCGUGCUCGACGAAGCCCGCCUAACCGAGAAUCCUGUCGAUCGUCUCUCGCGCAUGAUCAAGAACUCCUUCUGGCAUUCCCUGACCCGGCGCAUCGACGGCGACGGUCUCGAAAUCAUCUGCGCGGACCCCAAGAACCGGACGGGGCGCAUACAGCCACGUAUCUACGUCCCGCACGGUGAGCCGGCCAUGGCGGAGUAUUACAGGCAGGUGGCCAGGGACAAGCCCCAUUUGAACCUGGACGUGCAGGUGCUCCCGCCGAAGCCGGAUGAUCCUGUGUUUGUGAAGAGUUUGAACCCGAAACCGGGUAUUCUGGCCUUGGCGAUGAACGAGGUGGAUGAUGGGAAGGGUGGGAAGACGUUGAAGGGGAUUCCGUUCGUUGUGCCUGGAGCUAGGUUCAAUGAGUUAUAUAAUUGGGAUUCUUACUUCAUCAGCUUGGGCUUGCUGGUGGACGGCUAUGUCAACAUGGCCAAGGGCAUGGUCGAUCACUUCAUCUUUGAGAUCAGGCACUACAACAAGAUCCUGAAUGGUAGCCGCUCCUACUACCUGUGCCGGACCCAGCCUCCUUUCCUUACCGACAUGGCCCUCCAGAUCUACAACCAGCUCGACCGCUCAGAUAUGGAAUCCAACCGCCAGUGGCUUAAGCGCGCGAUCCGUGCCGCUAUCAAGGAGUACCACACCAUCUGGGUCGCCGAGCCCCGCAUGGACCCUAAGACGGGGCUGAGUCGCUAUCGGCCUGACGGGCUGGGCAUCCCGCCCGAAACCGAGGCCACGCACUUCACGCACAUCCUCGAGCCGUACGCACGCAAGCACGGGCUGUCCGUGCUCGAGUUCAGCGAGAAGUACAAUGACGGCGUGCUGAAGGAACCGGAGCUGGACGAGUACUUCCUGCACGACCGCGCCGUGCGCGAGUCCGGGCACGACACGACGUACCGCUUCGAGAAGCGCUGCGCGAACCUCGGCACCAUCGACCUCCAGACACUGCUGUACAAGUACGAGGUGGACAUUGGCACGGCGAUCCGGGAGGUGUUCGACGACGAGCUGGACAUGGAGGAGGACUUUGAUCUGGCGCCGUGGCCGGUCACGCCGGAGAAUUAUCGGAACCCGCAUCGGGAAAGAUCGACGAGUCGCCCGCAGCGGAGCCAGGAGUGGUUCGAGAGGGCGGAGUGGAGGCGGGGGAUCAUUGAUAAGUAUUUGUGGAACGAGAGUAAGGGCAUGUACUUCGAUUACGAUACGGUCCAGGAGAAGCAGAGCUUGUAUGAGAGCGUUACAGCGCUCUGGGCGUUGUGGGCAGGCUGUGCUAGUGAGGAGCAGGCCUGGAAGCUUGUAACGGAAUCAUUAAAGAAGUUUGAGGUCCUCGGUGGCCUCGUUUCCGGUACUGAAGAGUCUCGGGGAAAGAUCUCUUUGGAUCGCCCUAACCGACAAUGGGAUUACCCUUAUGCGUGGCCCCCGCAUCAAAUCAUGGCCUGGGUUGGUCUGGAGCGAUAUGGAUACCUGGAUGAGGCACAACGUCUUGCAUACAGAUUCCUCUACAUGAUGACCACCGCUUUCGUCGACUUCAACGGAGUUGUACCAGAGAAGUUUGAUGCUGUCAAGCUCUCCCACCUGGUGGAUGCGGAAUACGGAAACCAGGGCAUCGACUUCAAGAUGGUUCCACGAGAAGGGUUCGGCUGGAUGAAUGCUGCGUACCAAGUUGGUCUGUCAUUCCUGACGACACACAUGAGGCGCGCGGUUGCGGCCUGCACAAGCCCUGAAAUAUUCUUCAGAGGUGCCGGCGGCGCAGUUGGACCAGAUUCCGCCGUAGGCAUGCAGUCCAACGCUCAGCAAGAUCCACUUGGCCUCGCGAUGGAGAGCCUUAAUUUAUCCUCCCCAAACCCUUAA